AUGGGCCGGAAUGACAGCGAGAGUAGGCCAGUGAGGCGGCAGAAGUCGGCGGUGACAACGGGAAUUUCGCAUGGCGGUGGCGGCUUCCUGGUAAACCUGGUGGCGAUUGCAAUCCUAUCCCGGGGAAAGUGUGGCCUCUCCACCUGCACUACUCGCUAUCUGGUGUCCAUGGCAGCAGCUGACCUAAUGGUCAUUGUUGCAGAAGUUGUGUUGAGGCAAUUCAGGUAUUAUUAUUUCCCACUGUGUUUUCUCGACAUUACUCCCGCGUGCAGUGUGACCUACUUCUUGGCUCGUGCAGCUGCAGACUGUUCUGUCUGGUACACCGUGACUUUUACCUUCGAUCGAUUCGUGCUCAUUUGUUGCCGGAAUCUGAAAACAAAAUAUUGUACCAGAAAAACUGCAGGCGUUGUUUUAGCUACAACUGGCCUUCUGUUUUUGUCAAAAAACAUUCCAUUCUACUGUGCAUAUGAACCUGGAACGAUCAUUGACAAGGUACCGUGGUACUGUCACACGAAACCAAGUUAUUAUACUGAUCCCGCAUGGUUGGGAUUUGACUGGCUUGAUACAGUUUUAACACCAUUGCUCCCAUUCACGUUAAUUCUGUUGCUCAAUGCUUUGACAGUCAGAUACAUUUUAAUGGCGAGUCGAGUCCGCAAGGGAUUGAAAGGUCACAGCAAAGCAAGCAACCAUAAAGACACGGAAAUGGAGAGCCGAAAGAAAUCAGCGAUUUUACUCUUUACCAUAUCGGGCAGCUUUAUACUUCUGUGGCUAAACCGUGUGAUAUAUUUCAUAAGCUCAAGAAUUACAGGAACAGAUCCCUUGAAUUACAACAGCUCAUCAUACAUAUUUGGAGAAAUUGGAUUGAUGCUGAGAAAUUUAAGUUGUUGCACAAAUACAGUAAUUUAUGGAGUGACUCAGGCUAAGUUCAGGGAGCAGCUGAAGACUGCAGUGAAGUAUCCGCUCACAACAAUUAUUCAAUUUGUCAAUGAACAAAGAUCCAUAAGCUCAACCUGCGAUUUUACUCUGCCCUAUCGGACAUUAAAAGCCGUAAUUACACCAAAAUUACCGGUGCCUGCCACCAAACACAGGCCUCUUCCACCCACCAAAUCCUCAACCCUACCCAGGACCUCCCCCACAAUAUACCUGGCGCCAUUGACCAUUCGGUCAAGAUCGCAUCACCUGCUGACGCCACCGACCUCGUCACAUUCACCGACGUCGACUACGUUAUUUCCGGGUACCACAAGCGAUGCCACCGCUACCGCCGCCCACACCGCGGAUGCUGCCGCUUCCGUCGCCAAGACCCAGACCGCCACCUACAGCAAGGACGCCGCUGCCGCCGCCAACAUCCAGGAAAACGUCAAUUCGCCCACGCCGCUCCGCCCACCACCGACGCCAGCUCUGCUCACUGUCCCGACAGCCACCAGCUGUACAGCCAACACUAGUCCCAGACCCUUCCGGGUCUUCACCGUCCCCCCAGACCUCCUCCUCGCUGAGCAUGAACUGUCAGUCCUCAGGAAAGGACUCACCUUCAUCCCCCUCUAUCCAAACAUUAAUGAAUACUGUUCACGGUUGUAUGUCGAAUAG